AUGAAGUCUUUGUUCGCUAUUUUCAUAGCCGCCCUAAGCCUGCUAGCUGGCACAAUCAGCGCCACGGCCGUACCUGGAGACUACGAGCUCUCUGUGGACAGCCUCGAGACGUCCACUGAUAACAUGGCUGUCGGGAACUUGGAGGUGACCGACGACCGGUUCCCCGGCGUCACCUUCACAGGCACAGCGCAAUCCGUCAACGAGCAGAUGAAGGCGCUCAAGCCUGAGGCCUUCCGCGACGGGGACAACGUGGAAACUGUGCAAGCGCGCUCUUUGCGCAAGCGAUCAAGUGUAAUCCUCCAGGGUCUUAACCAUCGUUCGUUAGCAUAUUGA